GAAAUUAGCAAUGAUCCUAAACUGUUUGUAGAAGGAGCAAGUAGUGGUGAUGUCAGUCAAGGAAGUCUGGGUAACUGUUGGUUUGUGGCAGCUUGUUCUAGUCUAGCUCAGCAGCAAGAGCUAUGGACAAAGGUUGUACCAACUCAUGAGGAACAAGAAUGGGAUUCUGAAAACCCACAGAAAUAUGCUGGUAUAUUUCACUUCCGCUUUUGGAGAUUUGGUGAAUGGUUAGAUGUUGUAGUCGAUGACAGAUUACCUACUAUUAACAAUCAACUUAUCUUUGUUCAUUCACAAACAAAGAAUGAAUUUUGGAGUGCGCUCUUAGAGAAAGCAUAUGCUAAAAUAUCUGGUUGCUAUGAGAAUCUUGAUGGUGGCAAUACAGCUGAUGCCUUGGUUGAUUUUACUGGUGGUGUUGCUGAAAAUAUUGAUCUGAUGGAGCCAGCUGUGGAUGAAGAGAAACGUAAUGUCUUAUUUAAAGAAAUGCAGAAAUGUUUGGAUAGAAAUUCAUUGAUGAGUAGUUCUAUCAAAGUAACAUCGGCUUCAGAGAUGGAAGCCAAGACUGAAGUAGGAUUGAUUAAAGGGCAUGCAUAUGGUGUGACUGACGUCAGAAAUGUCAAGAUUGGUGAUACUGGAUUGUUGUCUUACUUCAAAGGUAUUGAGAAAAUAGCAAUGAUACGUUUACGUAAUCCAUGGGGUGAAAAAGAGUGGAAUGGAGCCUGGAGUGAUCAAUCUCCAGAAUGGUCAAAAGUCGGCAAAAGUGAAAGAGAAAAAAUGGGUCUUACAUUUGAUGAUGAUGGAGAAUUCUGGAUGACUUUCCAUGAUUUUUGUACAAAUUUCACCAAUGCUGUCAUAUGCCGUCUUCCAAAUACUGCCUUCCUGACGAUUCGUAAAACUUGGAGAGAGAAAAUAUUGAUAAGUAAAUGGAAGAAAUACCAAGAUCGGUUGCGGAACAGAGCAGGAGGAUGUAUCAAUAACAAGGAAACGUUUCUACAAAAUCCACAGUUUGUCUUUACUAUAUCUGAUGACGAUGGUGAUGAGGUGAUGUUAUCAGUUACACAAAGAGAUACAAGAGCAGAUAUUAACCAAACUAAUCUAACUAUUGGAUUUUAUGUCAUGAAGGUGGAAAGUAAUCGUAAAUAUCGAUGUCAUGUUGUCAAACCAAAAGUUGCUGAUUCUACUUACAUCAAUGCUCGCAGUGUAUUUGAAAGAAUUCAUUUGCCUCAAGGACGCUACGUUCUUGUUGCGACAACAUUUGAUCCUAACGAGGAAGGCGAUGUAAUGUUUCGUAUUUUCAGUGAGCAUGAUGCAAAUGCCAGUGAAUUGGAACUUGACUGUCCUCCCAGGACAUGCUGGUCUGGACUGUGUGGCUAUCCUACCAUUGCUACAUCUAUCAAUGUCGUCAGUGCAGCUGGUUUACAGAAAAUGGACAGAUUUGGAAGUGCAGAUGCCUAUGCUUAUAUCAAAUCUGAGGGGAAACAUAAAUCACCAAUUAAAAAAGAUCAACUGAAUCCUGAAUGGCAGUUUAGCAUCAUAUUGUAUAGGAAAAAGCCCCAGCAGCCAAUCACUGUACAGAUUUGGAACAGCAAUCUUAUUAAAGAUGAAUUUAUGGGUGAAGCAAUUAUUAUGGGUCAAGCUGAUGGCGAACCGAAACAUUUCUCUGCAACGCUAAAUGACAAAGGGAGGAAAGCAAAUGAAAAAAAGCCUGGUUCACUGAAUAUUACCAUGACUACCACAUCCAAUAUCAAAGCUUUGUAAACAAAUCAAAAUUGGCAGAUAUCCUAUAACACCAAUUCUCUGUUGAAUUGAAAAUUGCACGUACUCCAUUUUUGAUCAGGUGACCUCAGAUUUGUUGAACAAGAUGUCACAGCAACACCUUAUAACAAAGUACGUUAGAAAGGGCACUAUUUUGUAUAAAUACCAUAUUUCUUUAGAAUUUUAAAAAAUAUAUUAUACAAAUAGUUUAACAGAUAAUUAGGUAUAUGAUUAUAAUAGACUAACUAAUGUCAUCAACAAUGUGUUCUAAUUACCUGAAUUCUUCCGGAUUUUAUGCUCAUAAACCUAAAAUUUUACUUUUAUCUCAAAAUUUUACUUUUUAAUUAUAUCGUAAAAAGCAAGUCAAUUAUUGAUUAUAUUAUGCAUGUGUGUAUUACUUUAAUAGAAUAGUAAGAGAGGAAAAACACUGCAUUGAAUUCCCAUUUUGUCAUUUUGAACAUUCGUAAUAGUAUGCAUGUGAAUGAUUCUACUAUUGCCUUGAAUUAAAUAAAUUAUCUGUGUGUGUAGUAUUUAUAGAUUGGGUCAAUGAAUGUGAUAUAGAAGCUCAAGCUGCCAAUCAGAAUACUUCACUUAAUUGUUAUUUAUAGUAUAAUGAUGCAAGUUAUGAUAAUGAGGUGUUUAUAGUGCCUUGAUUCUACUCUCAUGCUACAUGUUAUGAUAAUGAGGUGUUUAUAGUGCCUUGAUUCUACACUUGCCCUACAUGUUAUGAUAAUGAGGUGUUUAUAGUGCCUUGAUUAUUCAUGCACUACAUGUUAUGAUAAUGAGGUUUUUAUAGUGCCUUGAUCUACACUCUCACUACAUGUCAUGAUAAUGAGGUGUUUAUAGCAGAGCGAUGCAACCCGCCACUUCAUGGUGUAAUUUUGCACAGCUUCACCAACAGAAGGUAUAGAUGAAAUUUACAUUAAAAUCAAAGAUAAUAAGGUAUUUAUAGUACGUUGAUCAACCAUUAUUACACUAAUGAGGUGUUUAUUGUACACUAUAAUUCAAUGCAUAUAAUACAUGUUUAUUUAUAUCCAACUGCUUCACAUCAAAUAGUUCAAGCAUAAUACUUUUACUCAAGUCAUUAUUUGUUUUUUUAUUGAAUCUAGCAAUAAUAAUCAUUUUUUAUGACAAUUUGUUGCAUUUUUUAGCAAUAUUUAAAAUUUUGAUCAAUAUAGUUUUUGCACAUACAUUGUAAAGGUUUUAUUGUACAUAAUUGAAUAAAUGUGCAUUUUCUUUUGAA